AUGGGGGACAUGAAAACCCCAGACUUCGAUGACCUCUUGGCUGCGUUUGACAUCCCUGAUCCGACAAGCCUUGAUGCCAAGGAGACCAUCCCAUCGGCUGGGGAGGAGAGCGAGAAUCACCUGAAGUCAUCGGGAAUCUGCAUAGAUGAGAAUGUGUCCUUAUCCCACUCUUUGCCACCCUCUGAUGCUCCUGUUGUGAGUGUGAUAGUGAAGAACACGAGUCGCCAGGAGUCCUUUGAAGCAGAAAAGGAGGGGAAUCACCUUGGGACCGGUCUGCUACACAACGGAUUUCGUGGGUCUGAUCUGCCAUCGGAGGCUCACACUUUAGUGCAUAAUUAUGGCAAGUUUGAGUCAACUUUUAUUAAUGGUGACAGCUCAAGAAAUUACUCUGAUAAACUGGACCAGUCCAAGUCAGAGCCUUUGCCAACAUUUAGUCAGUUUAGCCCAAUUUCCAGCCCUGAACCAGAGGACUCGUUCAAAGAGAACAGUAUUGGUGAUAAGCCCAAACAUGCCCAAACUCCGUAUUUUCCACCACCUUCAAUGUAUAUACCGACAGGAGCUUCAGUAUUAGAUCAUCUUAGGAAGGUACCAGAGCCUGAAUUAAGCAUGUUUGAUCAAUACUGUAAAAAGGAACAAAAGAUGGAAAUCCACUACCAGCCAGAGAAUAGGCUGGAAAUGAGCAGGAGAGAACAAGACAAAGCAGCAGAGAGGUUUGUGGAGUCAAGCAAGGACUUGAUAGAUACCAACAGCUAUCUUGGAGAAGGCUUAGUGUUUGGAGACCUCUCUCACAAUAAUUUAGGAGAAAGUAAGGGUUCUGUGCACGAGCUGAGCAUGUCUUCGUCAGUACCGCCUCGCCAGAGAUUAAAGCCAACUCAUUCGAAGUUGUCAUCCUGUGUGGCGGCGUUAGUAGCUCUUCAGGCCAAAAAGGUUGCAUGUAUUCCAAAAGGUGAUCAGCCAAAUCUUGCCAAGGAGCCCGGCGCUUUUAAAGAUGGGACAAAAGGAAGUCCAAAAAUGCCCAAGUCGCCAAAGAGUCCCCGAAGCCCCUUAGAGGUGGUGAGGAAAGCCAGUAAGCAGCCUGAGAGUCCCCGAAGUGUGUGCAGCGACAGCAGUGGGAAAGGCUCUCCUUCCAUGGCCGCUGGCUCUCCCCCAGCUAUUCCCAAAGUUAGGAUAAAGACUAUCAAGACAUCCUCUGGUGAAAUUAGAAGAACUGUAACCAGAAUUUUGCCAGAAAAUGAUGAAUUGGGCAAAUCUUCAGAAGAGUCACCUGCGGAAACCUCAUCUGCCGAAGAAUUUAUCAAGUCCUUCCCAUCCCCUGACACUAGUGCAGUUAUGGAAAGCGAGGUUAGCAAGAAUUCAACCAAAAAUGGGGCUGCUGUGGCUAUCCAGCUGUCAAAUGUAGCAAGUCCUUACGCAGACAGUAUGAAAACAGAUAUUGCUGCAAACAGCACGUGUGCCGUGUCCUUAUCCCCGCUGCCAAACUGUGGUGGCGGUGCCAUAAAAGUAGGCGUUAAGAAGCAGCAGCAGGGUGUCAUGGUGCAGCCGUCCAACACGACCACCUCCAGCCUUCUUCCCAAAGCCGUGCACCUGGCAAAUCUCAACCUAGUCCCGCACAGCGUUGCUGCUUCUGUUACGGCAAAGUCAUCCGCGCAGAGGCGAAACCAGCCCCAGGUGACGCAGAUGUCUGUGCCGCUGGUGCACCAAGUCAAGAAAGCUGCUCCUGUCAUCGUGGAGGCAUUUAAUAAAGUACUACACAGUGCCAAUCUGGUGCCAAUAUAUACUCCGAACCUUAGCCCUCCACCUGACACCAGUAUUAAUUUACCUGCCUCUGGGUAUUGUUGCUUGGAAUGCGGGGACUCGUUUGCCUUAGAGAAAAGCCUGACUCAACACUAUAGUAGACGAAGUGUUCAUAUUGAAGUCAUGUGCACUCAGUGUUCAACUAUGCUACUUUUUUUUAAUAAGUGUAGCUUGCUUAAACAUGCAAGAGAUCACAAGAGCAAAGGAUUUAUCAUGCAGUGUUCUCAGCUGCUAAUGAAACCAAUUUCCUUAGACCAAAUGUUUUCACCUUCUCCUACAAGCUCUUCAGCCUCUCUUUCGCCUCAGACUUUGCACUCACCCUCUCCUUCGGGAACUUCUGCUAAUGCUCAGCCAGCCUUGCCUCUCUAUACGGACCCAUUGAGACUAAUCCGUCAUGGACUUAAGUGUUUAGAGUGUAACAAGCAGGCGCAGGAUUAUGUUGCUUUAGCAGCUCAUUACCAGAGAACCUCAGAAGAUAAUGAGAGGCUG